UUCAUUGUCAAGUCAGUUAUGGUAGUUUUUCAAAAUAUCAAUAAAACAUCAGCUGUUUGUGAUUCUUGAAAGCCAACCGCAUAUUUUGUUUAAUGGGUCUUGUAGCCAUGUACCAUCUACCAUGGGAGCGAUUGCGUCUGUGCUGCAGUGGCAUUGCACUUUUUGCAGUUUAAUUAAUCCCACAGAACAACUGACAUGCAUUCGAUGUGGAACAAAAAGGGUGAAUUCGAUCGAAAGGAACCCAUUUUUUGAUACACUAGGAAGUGACAAUAAUUGUACAGUAAUUCGUCGAACAAAAUCUGUAGCCGAGAAAAAUUCAGAAAGUGCUUUAGGUGAUGGGUACUGUAGUAGUUUGAUUAAAUGCAAAGUUCUUUCCUCGACUUCAUCAAAAACUACUGAAAAUUCAUAUUUUGGUUUGAAAAAGUACUCAAGCUUACCUUGUUUAUCUUCAAAAACUUACUGCGAGAUUUGCGAGAUUUAUUUCUGGACUUGCACAAUCCAAUGUAUCCUGUGUAGUAAUUUUUUGCUAAAAAUGAACCUAACAGAGUCUCCUUGUAAGAUCUGUUCGCUGACACCCGUAGAAAACUAUCGAAAUUUUGAUAUUCUGAAUUGUGAUAGACCACCAAUGUGUAAAUGCCAGAGAAACAAGUCUUUAUCUUUUAUUAAAAGUUUGAGUUGUUCUGUGGCUCAAAAAAGCAGCUGUGAUUCAAAAAUAGACGGCCAACAACCAAAAAAUAUAAGAACUACUGCUAGUGGUAUAAACAGUGUACAUCCCACCAAUAAUUACAUGUGGACGGUAAAAAGUUUGUUACCGAGAGGCACAUGGACCUGUAAUAAGUGCACUUUAUUGAAUAGUGCUAACUUGACACAGUGCGAAGCUUGCGAGUCGCCAUUCUCUCCUGAUUUAAAUAGCAAUAUAAAACCUAGUGUCAUAAUCAAGGUCGACAAUUGGACAGAUAACGAAAGCUUGCGUAGUCACGAUCUCAAACCGAUUUACAGAAGAUCUUUUUCUGAAUUACCUUCGACACAAAAGCUGCAUAUUCCGAAUAUAAACCGUAGAAGCCUUGAAAGUAGUUCUUCGCUACUGACCGUUCCCAGGUCUAGCACGUCAAUGGUUGACAUACAAUCAUCUCAAUAUCCACCUGUGUUCGAAAAGCUUAACAGCAUGGAGAGGAAAAUUGUCGGUAGGGAAGUAUGUGAUAGUUCUCCUAAGGAGACAACAAAUAAUACUCUGUAUACUUAUAUUGGAAUCUCAGACCCCGAUAAUGAAAAGCAUUUCUAUGAGAAUCACAGCAUUAUUGAUGCGCAGAAGAAAAAUUCAAACUUCGACUUGGAGCAGCACGAGAAGAUAAUGCAAGUUAUGAAGCAAAACAAUACUGCGAAAUUGAGUUGGACCGUUAACGAGAGGCGAUGGACUUGUCGGCAAUGUUCUUUUGCUUACAACGGUUUUUGUGUUGACAAAUGCGACAUCUGUAAAAGCUGGAGAUCACCACCAUCUCUGAAUCAGCCCUGCACGGUAACUGUGACUGAAGAUAGAAGCUUGACAGGUUCAGGUUCUUCACACAAACUACCACAUGAAAGAAGUCCUUCGCCCAGACAUGGGGGCAAAGGGAGAAGGAAUCAUUCCAGGAUCACUACGAGUCCGAAAAUCCAACCAGUCGUGUUGCCGGAGAGAGGCAAAAUCAACCUCCGUACAGAUCUGGAUAAAGAUUCGAUAAUAGUGGGUCCGUACCAGCCUUGGCAAUGCAUGAUCUGCACCUUCGAAAAUACCAAAUCCCAACAAAUCUGUGAUAUGUGUCAGAGGAUGCGCGAAGACGUCAAGUCCGCCCACCCAAAAGAUCCCGCUAGACUAACACAACAAGAGAUGAGCAACAAGCAUUGGAAUUAUAUUGUUAAGUAUUGUAAAUUGAGGAAGCAGAGCUACCUCGAUGACGAUUUUCCACCUAUGCCAAGUAGCCUUUACUACAAUCCUGUCGAAAUGAAGGAUUCCCACACUGUCAAAUGGAAAAGAUUGAGAGACAUCGUCGUCGAAGAGGAUAAAGACUUGAUCUGGGCUGUUUUCAGGCGGCCGCAGCCCUCGGAUAUAUCACAAGGCGUUUUGGGUAACUGUUGGCUCCUGAGUGCUCUGGCGGUAUUGGCAGAACGAGAAGACCUUGUCAGAGCGGUACUGAUCACUCGAGAUUUUUGCCCGCAAGGCGUUUAUCAAGUCAGACUUUGCAAGGACGGACAUUGGACGACGGUACUCGUAGACGACUAUUUUCCUUGCGACAAAAAGGGUCACCUGUUCUACUCACAGGCUAAAAGGAGGCAGCUUUGGGUGCCUUUAAUCGAGAAGGCGGUUGCCAAAAUACACGGGUGCUACGAAGCGCUCGUAUCGGGACGUGCAAUUGAAGGUUUGGCUACCCUAACGGGGGCACCUUGCGAGAGUAUUCCUUUACAAGCUUCGUCGAUUCCGGCUCCAGCAGAAGAAGAGUUGGAUGUUGAUCUCAUUUGGGCGCAACUGCUUUCAUCCAGACAAGCCUUGUUUCUAAUGGGUGCCUCCUGUGGCGGUGGCAACAUGAAAGUAGACGAGUUUGAAUAUCAGUCGAAGGGCUUGAGACCUAGACACGCUUAUUCUCUUCUAGACGUUCGAGACGUCGAAGGACAUAGAUUACUAAAACUCAGGAAUCCUUGGGGUCAUUUUGUAUGGAAAGGGGAUUGGUCAGACGAUUCUCCGCUGUGGACAAGCGAGCUAGUGGCUGAGUUGAGCCCGGAUGGGUCCCAGGACGGUACUUUCUGGAUAUCUUUCGCCGAUGUUCUCAAAUAUUUCGAUUGCAUCGACAUUUGUAAGGCGAGAAGUGGUUGGAAUGAAGUGAGGUUGACUGGAACUCUUCCGCCACUCGCAAGCCAGCAGUACUUGUCCUGUAUAUUUCUGACUAUUUUAGAACCGACGGAAGUUGAUUUCACAUUAUUUCAGGAGGGUCAAAGAAAAUCGGAGAAGUCCCAGCGAUCUCAACUGGACUUGUGUGUCGUACUCUUCAAGGCUAGACCGGCUUCAACCAUAGGGAGUUUGGUGGAGCACAGCAAACGGCAAGUCAGAGGUUUCGUUGGUUGCAACAAAAUGCUGGAAGCUGGUUCGUACAUUGUUGUCCCUCUAGCUUUCAAUCACUGGCACACCGGUCUGGAUGACGUUAAUCUUUUCCCGAGGUACGUGCUGGCAAUUCACAGUUCCAAGAAGUUGGCAGCGGAAAACAUCCAACCGCCCAACUACAUCCUAGCCGACGCGAUAAUAUCCCUCACCUUAGCCAGAGGCCAACGCCACGAAGGCCGAGAGGGAAUGACGGCUUACUACCUCACCAAGGGAUGGGCCGGUCUCGUAGUGAUGGUGGAAAACAGACACGAGAACAAGUGGAUCCACGUCAAAUGCGAUUGCCAGGAGAGCUACAACGUCGUGUCGACCAGGGGAACCUUGAAAACCGUCGAUUCCGUACCCCCGCUAACGAGGCAGGUCAUUAUCGUGCUCACGCAGCUGGAGGGCAGCGGAGGGUUCUCGAUCGCUCACCGGUUGACGCAUCGACUCGCAAACUCUGAAGGACUUCACGAUUGGGGCCCGAUAGGAUGGAGCCACGAUCCUGAGUUGGAUUAUCAGACUAACGGUUUGCACUCUCCGCGAUUGUUUUAAAUUGUUUCUAUUCAUCGAAUCUCUCGUU